GUCGGUGCCCGGCCGCCAUGCCCAGCCCCCGGAGCAGCCCGGCCCGCCGCGCGGCGCCCGUCCCCAGCCCGUCCUGCGCGGCCGUGGCGUUCCGCUCCCUGCUGGCCGCCGACCUGCGGUUCUCCCGGCAGCUGGCCGUGUGCGCCGGGGAGCGCUCGGCCUGGGGCAGCGCCAGGCCCCUCCUGCGGCUCCUCGAGGUGUCCGGCCACGGCGUGCCCUGGCUGGCAGGCACCCUGUAUGGGCUGGGCCGCAGCGAGAGCCCGGCGGGCCGCGAGGUGCUGCUCAACCUGCUCUUCGCUUUGGUGCUGGAUUUAGUCCUGGUGGCGAUGGUGAAAGGGCUCGUGAGGAGACGAUGUCCCACUCAUAACAAGAUGGACGUUGUCACUAUCUCAGUGGACAAAUAUUCCUUCCCAUCAGGCCAUGCUACCAGAGCUGCCAUGGUGUGCAGAUUUGUCCUGCACCACCUGGUGCUCGCCAUUCCUCUGCGGGUCCUGGUGGUUCUAUGGGCCAUCAUUGUGGGCAUCUCCAGAGUCAUGCUGGGCAGACACAACGUGACAGACGUAGCCUUUGGCUUCAUCAUGGGCUACAUGCAGUACAAUGUGGUGAAAUACUUCUGGCUGUCACCCCUUAGUGCACCUGCUCUCUUUGCAGUGUGGAAUCAGUGAUGGGCACCAUGAAAAGGAAGAGGCACACAUUGUGGUGUCUUGUGCUGCACAGAGAGUGUGAAACGGGACUAGAUGAAAGAAUCAUCAAA